CGACCACCCCUCAAUCAUGCGACAAACAUGCCAGCACCAUCCUCAGCGCCCGCCUGGCGUAUCUUCCAGCGGCGCCGCCCACCACGCUCACACAUACUCGCACUACGCGCCAACGCAAGAGACAGACGAGCACGAACCCACCCCAUCACCUGGCCAUACGACUUCUCUGCCCACGCAGCCUUGGUGCGCAGCUUCUCAACCAGGCGGCUGAAAAAGCCAUCCACCGUGACGCACAAGGGGGUGAAGUGGAUGAACUUGUCCUCGCACACACGGCUGUGGUGGGCCUUCUUGGCCUUGGCCCUGGUCUUGAGAAUGGAGGCGGUCGAUUGCUUGCGGUAGGACGGUGCGUCAGCGUUGUCACGCAGAGGUCAAACGACACGUCCUUCUGGCGCUCCCACACCCCUCUCACCACCAUGUCCGUCCGCACCUCUUUCUCCCCCUCCUCGGGCUCCACGAUCACCCCCUCCUUCCUGACCGCCGACUCGCCCCAAGCCUUGGCAGAAAGGUCGCACAGCACGUCCACCACCUCGUUGUGCCGCCGAAUCACCAACCCACCCACCCCACAGUUGAGGGCGUGGUCGAGCGAGUAUGUAGCCCCGCAGCCGUCGCAGUGGGUGGGCAUCUUGGGACGCUCAUAGGCGUACCGGAUGGCCAUGUUGUCGCGGAACUUGUCAGGCGUCAUGUCGGUGUGGUCCUCUGCGUCAGGCCGGCAAGUCACCCACCCGGCCGUCUUAACCUCGAUCGCCCGGUGGACCGCCCGUCGUCUCUCUGGGGGCAGCUGCUCGAGGCCGUCCUCGAACCGCUCCUUGGCUGCCUCAUCGGUCGCCCGCCGCCCCUCCUUGACCGCUUGCUGCAUCUCGGCGUGGUGCUGGAAGGGGUUGAAUGGAGGGCCGUCGGGUGGGUCGCCGUUCUGGAUGGUGGACACCAGUAGGGAGGUGCCCUUGGUGGAUGUCUCGUAUGCCACCGCCACUCGCUCCGUCGGGUCCCUCACCCCCAUCCCCCCAUGACGCGCAGGCAGCAUCAUCAGCUGGGCCUCAGUGGCGGUCACCGCAUGGCUGGAGAGCUGGGUGAGGUAGUGGGUGAGGGCAUCUCGCAGCGGCUCGUAUGUCGCCCGCUCCUCAGGCAUCACCCCCACUCGGCCUGCAGUAUUGUGGCGUGGUGACGCCCCCACCAAAUUUUCCCGACGGGUCUGCGUUAUCAUGACGGACAGGCAGCACCCACACACGGAACCAUUCGCGGUCUGUUGUCGUUUCUCUGUGUGUCUAUCCUCCCUCACACGUGUGCCCAGAUGUACGUUGUCCGAGGUAUGCCGUCGGAUCCAGUAUUGGCUUUUUUGAUGUAUGUGAGAACCACAGCAGCACACUCGACAGGC